AGUAUUUUGUAGAUGAUUAUACGAGACAGGACUAGUAGAUGAGUGAACGUGUUAUACAUUAAACCGGACAGGAUUCCGCAAAUAUGCAAUUUUAUGUUAUGCAUGAGCAGUAUGGCGCUCAUUAAAGGAAAACAGAUUAUCGAAGAUUAGCUGCCAAUAAAAGUGUCUUCGGAAUGAUAACCGUUCUCAGUAUAUGCUCCUGUCCUGGUUGAGAAUGAGUGUUAAUUGCUUUUUGGCUGUGACUGUCCUUCUUUUGGGAUUGUCUUGUGUUGUGAUUUCCCAGAAAACUUUAUUUUGUUACUACGGCAGUUGGGCGCAUUACCGCAGCGGAAGGGGACAAUUUAGAGUUGAGAAUAUCGAUCCAGCAUUAUGUAGCCAUGCAUUAUAUGCUUUCCUUGGAAUCCAUGAAAACGGAACUGUGGCAAUAUUAGACUAUUGGCUGGAUGUAAGUCUGGGAAAUUUUCAGAAGUUUAAUGAACUGAAAAAAACAAAUGUAAAUUUGAAAACCUUGGCCACAAUACAUGGUAGUUCAGCAACUUUUUCACGGGUAGCAGCUGAUUCAGGCCUGAGAUGGCAGUUUGCCGAGUCUGCGAGAGAUUUGUGUAUUCAGUACGGAUUCGAUGGCAUUGAUAUCAAUUGGGAGUUUCCUGGAACAGCAGCUGGAGAAAAUGAUGACAAGACCAAUUUUGUGCACAUGCUGUCCGAUCUAAGAGAGGUGCUAUCAUCAAGUGGAUUAAUGUUGACAGCAGCAGUUGGGGCUGCCCAGUUUCGCGCCCAACAAUCCUACGACAUUCCUAGUGUUUCCAAACUCGUAGAUUUCCUUAGUUUGAUGACCUACGACUUCAAUGGUUCUUGGGAUAACUUCACCGGACAUAAUGCUCCGCUUUUCGAUGGACCUUCGGACAGAACUAAUUUUCAAAGAACUUUGAAUGUGAAUCAUAGUGUCAUGUAUUGGCUUCAGCAAGGUGCGCCAAAGGACAAGGUGGUUGUUGGUAUUCCACUUCACGCGAGGACAUUUACACUAACGAACUCUGAUAACUACUGGCUCCGCGAUGCUGCCAGUGGACCUGGUUUACCCGGGCAGUUCACGAACACGGCCGGAUCGAUGGCAUACUUUGAAAUCUGUCCUUUCUUCACGCGAAAGUGGGCUCGUCACUGGGAGGAUACCCAAAAAAUUCCGUUUGGAGUGACGGGAAAUCAGUGGAUCGGGUACGAUGAUGUUGAAACUGCCAAAUUAAAGUGUGAUUACAUAAUUCAACAUGAUUUGGCUGGAGGCAUGGUGUGGUCAAUUGAAAGAGAUGACUUUAAUGGUUAUUGUGGGAUCAAAUUUCCAAUUAUGAAUACACUUCGUAACUGCCUGCAGUGAAAAGGAUGACUAACGAAUGAAUCAACCGAAUAUCGGAAUUAGACGCAGAUUGCCAACUUUUAGUUUUACUCGGUUUCCGAUGGUCCACAAACGUAACUAUCACUUGUAUUCUUCAACCUGUACACGAAAUAGAAUUUCUAGGACUUAGAAAAAUCAA